AUGGCAAAGCUGGAGGAUCUGCUGGAAGACCUGAAAAAUGAGAUUGAGAAGAGGCAGGCAAAAAAUGCCACCAAACUCUCAGAGAUUUCCCAGCUGGACACCCCGACACAAUGGCAAGAAGAGAAGAAUCAGCAAUCGGAUGUGAAAAGCACCAUCAGCAGGCGUGGGAAAGUGACUUUCCAGCUGCCAGUAGGUGUUUCUUCAGAGUCAGAAGAGAGAGUUUGUCGCUUCUCAUGGAGGAACAAUGCUCUGAAGGAAACUCUGAAGAAGCUACAAGCCACCAUGACCCUGGACCCCAACACAGCUCAUCCUGACCUCAUCCUCUCCGAGGACUGUAAGAGCGUGAGACGUGGGGGAGGACGACGGGACCUGCCCGAUAACCCUGAGCGAUUUGACUACUGGCCCUUCGUGCUGGGUUGCCAGGGUUUCAUGGCUGGCCGACACUUCUGGGAGGUGGAGGUGGGGGACGGGGGGGAUUGGGCUGUGGGGGUGGCCCGUGAGUCCAUUUGUCGGAAGGGGCAUCUCAGCCUUUGCCCCCAAGGAGGGAUCUGGGGGGUGGAGAAAUGGGGGGGGCAAGUCCGGGCACUCACCACCCACAAGGUCACCCUCCUACCCCUCCGCUGGGUGCCCCGGAGGGUCAGCAUCCACCUGGACUAUGGUGGAGGGACGGUGGCGUUUUUUGACGCAGAUGAAGGGAGGCUCAUGUUCAUUUUUUCUCAUGCUUCCUUCACUGGUGAAAGGGUCCGUCCAUGGCUCUGGGUGGUGGGGGCCAGGUCCCAGCUCAGGUUGUGUCCCUGAGACAUGGGAAGCAGUGUCCUCCCCACGUUUUAUGGCCUCAGGGGAAAAACACAUGCCUUCUUGCUGCCCUUGGGAUCAUGGGGAACAGGAGAAAUCGGGACUUUGGCUUUUGCAUUUCCUUUUCACCAUGAAACUGGGUGAUUGAUGCACAGGGAAUAAAAGAAGAGAUAAACCUGAGAAAAAGAAGGCAAAGAGGGUGAAAAAGCUCUGGAGAGGGGACGCUGGGGCAUAGAAAUGUGAAAUAGUGGGAAAAGGGGGAAAAUCUAGAGUGGUGGCAAGGAAAAGGCAAGUUUUCCCAAGGUUUGCCUACUUAAGCAUAGAUGUCCCCAUCUGAGACAGUCACCUCCAAACCAAGGGGGUCCAAACAUUACCUUUUUUUUGUUCUUUUUUUCCCAAACC